AUGGCAGUUAUUAAUCAACCGAAUAGUCAAAUCAAACUAACCAAUGUCUCCUUAGUCCGUAUGAAAACGGGCAAGAAGAGAUUCGAAAUUGCCUGCUAUCAAAACAAAGUCCAAGAUUGGAGAUCGAAAGUUGAAAAAGAUUUAGAUGAAGUAUUACAAAUCCCCCAAGUUUUCAUAAAUGUUUCCAAAGGGCAAGUAGCCAAUAAUGACGAUUUACAAAAAUCUUUCGGUACUACCAACCAAGAUGAAAUCAUAUUGGAAAUUUUAAAUAAAGGUGAAAUUCAAUUAAAUGAAAAAGAACGAAAUGUUAAUCUUCAACAAAAACAAAAUGAAUUUUUAAAUAUCAUAAGUACAAAAUGUAUAAAUCCCAGGUCUAAAAAGAGAUAUCCUCCAAGUAUGAUUGAAAAAGCUUUAAAUGAAUUAAAAUUUCAUUUAAAUCCUACUAAAAACACCAAGAUUCAAGCAUUGGAUGCCAUAAAACAAUUGGUUGAAAAACAAAUUAUCCCCAUAGCAAGAGCACAAAUGAAGAUUAGGAUAAUCUUAACCAAAAAGGCAUAUUUGAAAGUUUUUGAAAAUGAUAUAAAACCAAAUAUUGAUCAUGUUCAAGAUAUAGAUAAUAAGAAUAAUGGGAAACAAUAUGAGAUUGUUGGGAUUAUUGAUCCGAUUAAUUAUAGAGUCUUGGUGAAUAUUAUGGAGGGUGAAGGUGGGAAAGUGGGCAAAGGUGAAGGAUCAAUUGAAGUAUUAGACAUGUCUGCUAUUAAAGAAGAUUAG